ACUGGGCAGUAACCGGGGCUGGUUACAGGUUUGAAGACUAUCGUUUGGCUUAGUCUCUCGUAUAUAUUUACAGCAGCAAGGACAACCCACUACAGCCGGCACUCAGCUCCUGAUUAGCCCACGUGGAAACCCACAUUCUAGUCCAUGACAUAAGAGCAGGCCGAAGCAAACACAACCUGAAUAUGACAUCCGUCACUCGUCAGUCAUACAUAACCGGACUAAGUGGACAAUCGUUACCUAAGCAAUGUCGUGCAGCUCCCCCACAUGUGGCAGGGGCUGGACAGCUUAAAUCAAGCCUAUAUAGUCAGCUAUAGCCCCACGUGUCCAUAGAUGUACGACUGGCCGUCAAACCUGGUGACAGACAACUUGGCAGGCCCCCUGUGCUUCAGCAACCGCUGCACUUUCCCAAACCACAUCUUCAUGGUCCCCGGGACCGUCAUAGGAACCAGCUUCCGAUUGAUAGCCAAGCAAUGCCAAUGGACACGACUUGGAGCAAGUGUGUUGCCGAAGAAGUCCUCUGGUGUCCAAAGCGAUGCAGGAACAUCUGUGUUGUCAGCCUCCUGGCCCUCAUCAUCAGAUUCUGAGAUGUUCACUUCGGUUUCGAUCAGUCGUCAUACACCAACAGUCACCGCUUGGUCCAGGGAGCAAAAGAACAUUGCUGAUUCCGUGUUGCGCCCAGUUUCCAAGACAACCCCAUAUUGAUUCAGGGUUGAACAUGGACAGAGCAAACAAAGGUCCUAUAGGUCAGGGAUGAACAUAGCAUCAUCAAAAGCUCACAUGGCAUCAUUACAUUCAAUCAUGGAUGCUUACUGGCUUCUUCAAUGCUGUUAACUAGGUGAAUCAAGUUGUGAAGCUUUAUGUUGAGGUUAAUUGCAGAAAGGUAUGCU